UUGUGAUAGUAUUGGUGGUCGGUCACAAACUCUUUAUAUCUUCAUUAACAUCAUAAACCUCAGUAUUUUAUGUCAAGUACAAAUAUGGAAGGAGGAAGAUAUUUUACUCAAGUGUUUAUGCAGGAGACUUAUGCAAAUAUCUGUUGAGUGAAAUAAUAAAUCUGGAUAAAACUUCUUAGACGCUGUGACAAUGUUUGGCAUAAUGCUGGUGGCCAUUACUGCACUUGCAAAUUCCAUUGAAAGCAAGUAAACAGGUACACGAGGCCCCCACAGUUACGUGACAUCCAUACGAGGAUGUCCGUUGCAUUCUUUCACAAGGGGAUCACACGCUUCCAGGCCGAGGUGCUGCUGACCCAGGCCAAGGAUGAUGGGAGUUUCCUUGUGCGUGACUCAGAGUCCCUGUCUGGAGCGUACGUCCUCUGUGUGCUAAUGCAAUCCAAGGUGCAUCAGUACAGGGUUCUACCCGGCCCAGACUGCAAGCUGCAUGUUCAGUCAGAAGGAGGUUCUAUUCAGCGAGGUUACAACGACCUGACAGAGCUGAUAGCAGACUACAUCAAGAAGAAGGAGAACAAUGGCCUGAUUUGUGCCUUGGUGCACCCUGUACCACCAGAUGGCUCCUCAGAAGAUGUCACUCUCUCAGAUGAUGAUGAGUAUGACGAGGAAGAUGAGGAGGAUGAAGACGAAGACUUUGUUGAGAUGCCUCCUCUCAGAAGUCCCCCGCCUGGCCAGAAAGAGCGCAAAUCCAACGGUCAUGCGGACCAUGACAAACUAGAUCUCCAGAAAAGAUUCACACAACUUGAUCUGUCACAAUGUGAAGCCAAGUUCAAGCAGGCCUUGAAGGACUACAUAGACCAUGGUGUGUCCAAGGACUCUGCCUCUCUGAAUGCCGGGGACUCAGAACUGCACGAGUUCACAAAGCUACUCGAGUCCACGGCUGAUGGACUCAGGAGAGAACUCGACAAGUUCAUGAGGAACAUUGACACUCUUCAUGAGCUGUUGAGGGUUGGGGACAGAAAACACUCAACACUGGAUUCCAAACAAAAGUUGACUGGUUCUGGCCUGCCCUCUCUGCUGGAACAGAUGUCGCGUGUUAGGACCAAGGUGCUGAACAUCCAGACAGAGGCCCAGGAAACCAUUCAACUAACCACGAUUCCCUCGGAGUACGAGUUCCUGGACUGUCAUGUCUCAGAGAAGGAAUUUGUCGCGGGCAUAGUGGCCGGUCCUUUCCUCAAGUCCAAGUACCGACCUUACAUUCCACAGAGCAAGUUUGAGGUUAAAAAGAUCAAGCAUGGGGGUAAAGCAAUGUCGAAGAUAACUUUGAAUGUAGACCUGCAAACUGGCAAGUACUCUGUUCUAAAGUUGGCUGGCAAAGAGAACCUGGCGCAUAGCUCCUUCGAUCAUGACAGAAUUUUGCACCUGAUUAAGAGCACGAAGCACAAGUGCAACUUGGACGUGAUACUGGAUGGCAAGAAGAAGCAGACGUACUCGUUUGCAGACCCUCAUGCUCGAGAGAACUUCUGUCUGCAGAUACGACAGAUGAAGAACAUGCACUCAACCGAGGCUGAGAUCGAUCAGAUAUCUCUGUUUGUUGGGACAUGGAACAUGGGUGAUGCGUCCAUCAAUCAGAGUCUCAGCACGUGGCUAAAGUGCACGGGGUCGGGUGCCUCGCGGGACCGGGUGCUGGGAGUUAUCCCCCAUGAUGUGUACGUCGUGGGCACACAGGAGUCCAGCACCACGGAGAAGGACUGGGUCAGUCAGCUGAAGGCAGGACUCAAAGCAUGUGUCCUGGUGGACAUGGAGCUGGUGGAAGUCUGCUCUCUGUGGGGCAUACGUCUUGCCAUCCUGUGUAAGCCUGAACACAAGGCACACAUCACAAGAGUGCAGCGCAGCUCUGUGAGGACUGGCAUUGCAAAUGCUUUAGGCAACAAAGGGGCCGUGGCAAUUUCCUUCUACUUCAACGGUACUUCGUUCUGUUUCAUCAAUACUCAUUUGACAUCUGGAGACGAGCGGUGUAACAGGAGGAACCAGAAUUUCCGUGACAUUGUGAAGAACCUGACCUUGAAUCUGGGUCAGAAGCACCUGUCACUGUUCGACAUCACAAGUCAGUUCCAACACGUGUUCUGGCUGGGUGAUCUCAAUUAUCGAAUCGAGGAGGAUAUAAAGAUGAUCCUGCGCAAGGUCCAUGAGAAGGACAUAGGGUUCCUUAUGGAGAGAGACCAGCUGAGGAAACAGCAGAAACAUAAGACCGCUUUCAGCGGCUUCCAGGAAGCAGAAGUUACAUUUUUGCCAACAUAUCGACUGGAAAGAAAUGUUCCUGGUAACAAAUAUGCCUGGAAAAAAGUCAAGACCACAGGGGUGCGAAUCAAUGCUCCAUCUUACUGUGACCGUGUGCUGUGGAAAUCAUAUCCUGGAACCUUUGUGGAAAACGUAGCAUAUGGCUGUUCUGAUGCCAUACUCAGCAGCGACCACAGGCCCGUGUUUUCCUCGUUCAAUGUUGGGAUAUCCUCUGAGUUCAUCCAGACACGACAGUCCCUCUCAGAAAUGGCUCCUGUCACCAUUGUGUUCAACACAGUGGAAGCACAGGUGAAGACAUGUUGCAAGCAAUACUUCCAGCUGACUUUCCAUUCCUCCUGCUUGCCAGACAUGUUUCGAAGCCAGUCCAACACUUCGUUUAAGGAGAACAAGAUUGGUUUCUUCACAGUUCCAGUCUGGCUCAAGAACAAUCUGCCUGAGAUGCGGCCUAUAUUUGCGGACCAAAGCUACUUGGAGGACCAGCACAUAUUGAUAGCUGUGAUAGCCAAGGAUGCGGACAAUGAGUCCUACGGGGAAUGUGUGGUCAGCCUGCGCUGCAUGUUCUCCGAGGAGCCCAAGGACUUUGAGUGCCUUCUGCACCACCAGGGAGAGGAGGUGGGCAAAAUCAGCGGCAAAUUCCAUGUUCGUUCAGUAGGAAAGCAAACCAACACCAGAACAAUGCAUAGGAAUUACAGUUUGAUUGCCUUCGACACUGAAUACCAGUACCAGGACCCUGAGAUGUUUGUGUCCGACCAUCCCAUGCAUCGCUCCAGUGCUCCGCCGCAGACACAGAAGAAGCCCGGUCCCUCCUCGGUGCAGCCUGCGCAUGGUUUCAAGUCAAGGGCAGCACUCCGUCAGACUGUCAGCGACACCAUGGAUAGUCGCUCUACUGACCCGCAUAGAGAUAUGGCCAGGUCAUUGGUUGACCAAAGGCACAUACACGCCCACCCUGGCUCUGGGGUCGAAGGUCAACCCCCGCCCCUAGUGAGGAGGAACACUCCCCUGAUGGGUCAUGGGGGCCUCUCAGCAGGGGCUCAACGGCCUCUGAGACAAACCUCGGCCCCAGGGGGUCAGAAGUUUGGGCCUCCACUGCCACCCAAGCACAGGACUGCUAGUGUGGACCAGCACCCAGGCGCGAGGCAUGACGGCCGCCACGCACCCACCACCCUUGAUGAGUGGCUGGCAGGGCUAAACCUUUCCUGCUACACAGACAAGUUCCUGCUUAACGGCUGGGACAGCCUCCUGUACCUGACUGAGCUCAAACAGGAGGACUUGAGAAACAUCGGCAUAGACGUGCCCGAACACCAGAAAGUCAUCCUGAGCAGCGUGAAAGACCUCAAUCAAUCACACGAUGUCUCCACAUACUGCAAUAGACAUUACGAAAAUACCCACGAACAAGAACCGGGCGUUGAUAUUGGAACGUGCGGACGUUUGUUAACAAACGCCAGCGAUAUUGGCGAUGUCCUACACGGUGGAGUGAUUGGGCAGUUUUCUCCCAGCCACUUUGAUGAGGGCGACGAUAUCACCGAGGAGAACGAAUAUGCAGAACCAGAAGAAAACGAAUACCAUGUCCCAGAGUUGAUCAUUAAACAUCCUGAUAUAGUGGACUCUCAAUUUGGUUCAUUGAAUCCCGAAACUAAAAACGUAUACAACGUCCUUGGUGACCACGAGCUCGAAAUAAUAAAACAACGUCACGAGAUCUACGAGAGUUACGCGCCGAAACACGUGUACAGCUGUCUGGAAGAUAAGGGCUUCGAGGAGGCGUAUACAACUAGACGGAUCAGCGACCCUAUUGUGCAAUCGUGCGAGAAGAAGACAUUGGGCGAGUGGCUUGACGCCCUGAGCCUAGGAUUCUACCUUCGCACGCUAGAGGACAAUGGUUGGGUGAACCUGCUGGUGUUGAGAGAGCUGACCGAAAGCGAUUUGGACAAUAUGAACAUCAGGGACCGGAAACACAAGAAUAAGAUUCUCACGGCCAUUAAUCAUUUGAAAAGCAACAAUUAGCAAACAGAAGGAUUUGGAAUAUACUUAUUCGAAGUCCGGAUGCACAUACACUUACAAAAGAACCUCACAACAUCGCUUAAUUUGGAUGAAUAGUAUUGCUGCAUGUAAGAUAGAGAUUGACGCACAUUUGCAUUUUGUGUUCUUUUCAAUGUUCUAUUAUCUGUCUUGUAUGUUGCACUUAAAUUAGAAAGUGUUUAUUCAAAAUAUUAAUGACACAACAAUGCUCGUUAAACACAAUAAAAACAAUCUUACACCAACGAACACUCGUUGAACACAAUAAAUACCGUCUAAACUGAGUGAAUCUAGGAACUCGAUGCAAGUGCUUUAUAGCACGUUAUUUUUUUGUUAUUUCAUAUUUGAUGUUCGUGAUUUCGGUUUUUCCAGUGUGAAUGCAAAGUGCACACAUACGUUGCUUACUUCACAUUAUUUAAAGAUGUCAACUUGUUGCUAGCUGGAAACAUAACACAGUUAUUUUGGGUGUUCUAAUAUGGAGUGAUGAAAUUGUAUUGUGAGAAUUACUUCACGCACGGAUUGGUGACUUGUGUUCUGAGACUGAGCCAGUAUUGACAGAGGUCAUCCGAUGAAUGUUAAGUUAAUUGGAAAAUUUUAAAAUGCAUGAAGUAGGUAUAUGAUUUGUUCACAACAAUUGUUUCAUAACGUACCUCUAAUGUAUACACAUGUGUUCUUAAUUGCAGGCUGCCUUUUAAAAUUCUGAUCUUAAGAAAUAUUAGUUAAAUGUAUGCUUCUUGUUCUUUGAACAACUGGUCGUUUAUGCACCUACAUGUUUCAUUAAUGCAUAUACAUAUGUGGAGCAAUGCCCAUUUCAGAGUUAAAUGCAGUUGAACAGCGUCGUGGUCACGUCGAGUCAGCUUAGGACCAAAACAUAAUUUUGUUUGAGAUUAGCAUGCCAAAACGAUGCUAUUUACUCCUUAAUUAAAAAGAUAACGGCAGAUUACAUCAAUUUUUGCAUUUCGUGUGUUGCAAACGUGCACAUAUAAGCAUGUUCUUCGGACUUGGUCCAAUAUUAACAAAGUUUCUAAACACACGAACAGAACGUUUGUUUUUUCAUUGCUUAUUAUAUAAAGUUGGCAAUGGUAAGUUGAAGUUUUGUUUUAUGAAAAAGGUACCAGACACGUCGCGUCAUUAUAGAGUAGUUUAAACAUGUUGACAAAUACAAACUAUUUGUUGAAUUGAUACAUAUUACAGGUUCAAAACAUGUUAUAUCUCAUAGGUUUCUUUAUCCGGCACUUAAACUGAUAUUGCUCAUUGGUUUAAGCCUAAAACUGAGUGUAGACAUAUUGGCCUAGCCUAAAACAGAGACUUGCCUCAUCAUCAUAAGCCUGAAACUGAGUCUAGCCACACUCACAUUAAAAGGUAAUCAUGAUCCACUUGUACGUUUGUAACAUGAGCAACCAUUGUAUGAGUUGCCAUUUUAUGCAUAUUAUAUUGUUAUACAUAUUACAUAAUG